AUGCUCGCAAAUUCCAGGCUCAGUGAUUACUUCAACUUUGGUGCUUCCUGGAGACAAUGCAAAGACAGGAGAGAGGAGGGCGCGAUGAUGCGUGCCCAUGCCAGCAUCUGUGUUUUUGUCGACUGUAUGCUGGUGGCUCUUCCUCUCUGGGUCGUCACGAACUACGUCAAAAUGGGCGUCAAGGCGAUUCAGAUCUUGCUCGUCUUCUCGUUAGGCAUCUUCGCUGUCGUCACUGGCAUCGUUCGGCUCUACAUCAUUACUACAACAAACUUUAGUGAGAACACGUAA